GCUGGGCUGGCGCAGUUUGCAGAGCCUGAGCAGAGGCGAGCAGAGGAAGGCAGAGCAGAGCAGAGCAGCAAUGAGUGGAAGACACUUGGUUGCUGUCCAUCAUACAAACCUUCUUGCGCGGCCCCCGGCGCUCGCUGUUGGCUCGGGUGAUGUCCACAAAGGCCAGCUGCGCUCUGGUCCUCGCUCUCAGGCACGCCACAUUUGAUGCGGGCAUGCUGUCUGCUUACAUCAAUCACUCAUCAUACUCGAGGGCGAGUGAUAUGAUGCUGUCCUGCGCACACGCUUGUAUGGUCUCCCCUCGAGCCUGCGGGACGAGUCGUUGAGUCUCGGGAGGAAGUAGUAUCCUCAGGCUCUGUGUUGCUUGGAAAUUUCAGCGCGCUCCUCGCUCCUGAAAGUCGACGAGACGAGGAAUCUCGUGGGAGAUAGCGUGGGAGGAAAACAAAACAGGUCGAAGCAGGCAGGCAGGCGCAAUCCGACAUUAUCGUGCUGAAGUUGCAGGGCGCACGAGCCAAGGAUUGUUAGUCUUCCGGGACUCGACAGAACAAUUAUUCGACUAAUUAGAAGAAACGCUGCCAACUUUCUGUAGGGUAAAGCUAGUCAUUCUUUUUGGAAGGACAGGAGGCGAGUUACGGGAUAUUGAGAAUCAGAGCACAUUACUCAAAACUGUGGAAUUGAACUGAAUACAUGUUUUCGACAGAAGCUACGAGCUGAUUAUCUUUUGGUCGGUCAUAUUCUGUCAGUAAUUUGUUUGCGCCAAAAUGGGGGUAAUGUCUCGGAGAGUGCUGCCAGCUUGUGGUAGCCUCUGCAUUUGCUGCCCAGAGCUGCGAGCACGAUCUCGACAACCUGUUAAACGAUAUAAGAAACUUCUCUCGGACAUUUUCCCCAAAUCGCAGCGCUUGCCGAGGAUUUUGAGGUCCUUGAAGUCCGCUCAUCGUAAUGGGGUGCGGGAGUUGCAGGAUGAACCACCGAACGAUCGCAAAAUUGCAAAGCUUAUCGAGUAUGCAUCCAAGAAUCCAUUACGCAUUCCGAAGAUUGCUAAUGGCCUCGAGCAGCGGGGAUACAAGGAGUUGAGGCAUGAGCAUUACGGUACUGUGAUAGUAGUCAUGCGAGCCUUCAACAAGCUUCUCUCGGCAUGCAGGGACCAAAUGCCUCUGUUUGCCACUAGUGUUUUGAAUAUUAUACGAGUUCUCUUGGAGCAAGGACGACAAGAUUCCAUGCGCAUUCUUGGUUGUCUCAGUGUGGUUGAUUUUGUCAGUAACCAGACUGAUGCCACGUAUAUGCGCAACCUAGACGCUCUCCUGCCAAAGUUGUGCGCUCUUAGUCGCGAGACAGUAGAAGAACGGAGACGCAUGCCCUUACGUGCUGCUGGCUUGCAAUCGCUCUCGGCCAUGAUCACUUUCAUGGGGAAGUACUCCCACAUGCCUUCAGAAUUUGAAGACAUUGUGGCAGUCAUUUUGGACAACUAUGAAGCUCCGGUUCCUGAUCAAGAAGCAGAAUCUCAGGAGAGAACUGAAACAAAUCAUAAUUGGGUCAAGGAGGUUCUCAAGGUUGAGGGUAGGGGUCCUGUGGCAGUUAUGCGUGGGGCAUUGACGAAACUUCAGUCGAACAAGGACAGCAGUUACUUCAAAGACCCUUCAAAUUUGACAAGGAUUGAGACAGAGACACCAAAGGUCUGGUCACAGAUUUGUGUUCAAAAUAUGGCGCGUUUGGCCAAGGAAGCUACUACAGUAAGAAGAAUUCUGGAGCCUAUGUUCCGGUACUUUGAUGGAUAUGAUCAUUGGGCAGUUGAGAAGGGACUCGCACUGGCAGUUUUACGCGACAUGCAACACUCUAUGGAAAAAUCAGGUAAUGAACAACUAUUUCUGCCUGUUCUGGUCAGACAUCUUGAUCAUAAGAGUUUAUCCGAAAAUUUGGAGAUGAAGAUACAUAUUGUGGAGGUAAUUGGAAGCCUCGCACAACAUUCAAAGGCACGAGCAACGGUUGCAGACGUAGCAGCUAUGAGCGACUUGGUUCGACAUUUACGUAAGAGCAUUCAAUCUUCAUUGGAGACGUCAAAAUCAGGCCAAGGCGGCAGAGGCAGUUUGAACCGAGGUCUCCAGGGAGCAAUUCAAGAUUGCUUGAUGGAACUUGCCAAACGGAUAAGUGAUGCAGCUCCGUUGUUUGACAUGAUGGCAACUACUCUGGAAAAACUCUCCGUUAACCCCAUUAUCGCGAGAACGACAGUGGAGGCUGUGUCUGUAUUAGCCCAGUCUGUAGCGAAUGUUCAAGAUCAGUCCUACGCUGAGCAGAUAUUUCCAGAGGGUUUAUUCCAGGAACUUUUGCAAGCUAUGAUACAUCCAGACGUGGAAACACGAGUGAGAGCACACCAUGUAUUUGCCAUUCUCUUAGUGCCAUCAGCCACUCCAAAAGGGGAAGAACUAGCUCCCGCCCAAAGCAGGCCAGAGACCAGUUCAGUGAUUUCUAGGACGAGUUCCGCCUUUGCUUCAGCAGCAGCCUUGUUUGAGAAACUUAGAGGAGGCGAAAAGUACGUUACUACAGAGAAGGAGGCGCAGCGUGAGGGAAAGUCACAAAGUAACAGGUUCGAAAAUACCAGAGAAACUGUGGAAAGUAUAGAACUUACGGAAGUAGGCGCCUCUAGAAACAAGGAAACAUACCCUAGUCCAAAUACAUCCUAUAAUUACAAGCUUAGCAAGGAUAGGUCCAUGGAGUUAUCAAUGGAAAGAAUGGCACAAAUGAGGAAGCCUACGACCAGCUCAAAGGAUAUGGAAAUGAGUGCAGUCAGGUUGAGUGGGCACCAAGCAGCACUCCUUCUUUCUACUAUGUGGCUCAGUGCGACUUUACCCGACAAUGUCCCUGCCAAUUAUGAGGCUAUCGCUCACACGUACAUUUUGACUCUUCUCUUUUCUAGAGCUAAGACCUCCAGCCAUAAGACCGUCAUCCGUGCUUUCCAACUAGCGUUGUCUCUUCGGAGCCUGGUGCUGGAUUCCAGUUAUACUGGGGUGCAGCUUCCACCCUCACGACGAAGGUCUCUCUUCACGCUAUCAACUGCGAUGCUGGUUUUCGCCGGCAGGGCCUAUGGUGCUCCACAGCUUAUUGCUACAGCGAAAGCCUCGCUCACAAACUCUGCGAAGGAUCCUUAUUUGGAACUAUCUGAGGACAUACGUCUCAAAGUUAUAAAUUCACCUGCUGGUUAUGUCAACGUGAAGGACUACGGAACUGCGGCAGAUGACCGUGAUGCGCUAAAUUCUCUUUCAGGCAUUUCGAUUUCACCUGAGCAAACUUCCGAAGCUCUGGCUGCUCUUAUUGUUGGAAGUUCGACAGUCUUAGAGCCCGAGGAUUUUGCGGUUGUUGACCAGAUGCUACAGCCGUUUUCUGCUGAGGAAGGAUAUGGACUGGGUCCACAGCUCUACCUAGAGACUCCUCAUUCACGUGGAUCACCCCUUGAGUCCCGAGAUUCGCUUUCAUUCGACGAGAUUAUACCUGAUACUGGUACAUCGAUGGAAGAUGAAGUGAGUGACCAGUCUGGGGGAGAACUACCCAGGCUGCUGGCAUGUUUCCCUGUUCCUCCGCUUGCCCCACACGCAAUGGGAGUUACGCAAUUAUUGGAAGCGGCCCUCGUGACAGCUGGUCAGGUUGUGAGCAAUGUCUCACCUUCUGGAGCCUCGCUAUCGUACAGUGCUGUUGCAAGUCAGUGUGAAAACUUUGGAGUUGGGACCCGCAAGAAAAUGUCUUCUGUGUUGAGAUUGGACACGGAAUCCAGCUCUCUUCUAUUGACGUUUCCUGAAACGCCAGCGCAGACACCAAUGAAAGAACAAUUACAAUCACAGGCUCAAUACAAAAACCAUUUGGAACAGAAGUUUGAAGAAAGUCUUUUACGGAGUCCAAAUCUGAUAGACUUCACAACACCAAAGAAGACGCCAUUCAGCCCUGCUUGGCUUACUUUUACUCCUAUUGAACCAUGGCAGGUGUUUCGACUUCCUCCAGCUAGUCCUUAUGACAACUUCCUGAAGGCUGCUGGUUGCUAGCUGGUGGUGAACAGUCCCUUUGACCUGGUUUACUUGUUUUUGGGCAAGUGAUGACAUUAAGAGUAUGCAGAUGGACAAACUUUCCCCCAUUAUAUAUACUUGUACUUUUCUCCCUUGAAACGGGAGUCUUCUAGCUGGUGGUUCAUCUUGUGAUCCAUCUUACAUGUCAACUGUAAAGCCAGGGAACUUGUGUAUCCUUGUACCAUGAGGAAUCAUAGGAGAUGCCGCACGGGGUCGUAUUGUGAAUUAGCAGAUCCAGCAGACGAUCAGAUGUACACGUUUCCGAAACGCACUUGCUUGUUUCGGAUUUGAAUGACAUGUUACAUAAGAAUGUCUUACAAGUUGGAAGCGGGUGCUCGUCGGGCGAUGUGACUGCAGUGGCUCGGCCUUUGGUUGCCAUCACUGAAGUGAUAAAAGAAAUGUAUGUAAGGACAGUCGGAAGCUGUAUCUUAGUAUGAAAACCAUUUUACGCUUGAAAGUCCUGGACGGAGUUCUCUGGCCCAACCAAGACAACGGUGCCUCGGUGUAUGGAGGCUGGCUCAAACUUGGCUCCUCAGGGAAUGUUGAAUAUAAGGAUUGUGUCACUAGGGUACUCGAAAAACAAUGGGGUAUCUAAAUAGCACCGUCAGUUCAAGCUUGAGAUCAAUAAGGACAAACAAAUCAGCGUAUCUUCUGGAGUUUUCAGGUGUUCACAAUGAACUGGCAGAAUUAUAAUGAAGCUCAGUACUACCUUCAAUGCGAGAGCUUUAUCACUGCUUUCAAACAUGAUGAAGGAGCGGUAGAGUUUUAGUAUCUCAUCGGAUAGGUACAUCCAUCUAGAAGAUUGGGCGUUAUUACAGUCAGACGAGUUUUGUUAUUCAGUCUGUUACUCGGGCAUCGUUCAUGUGAUAUGUUCUCCCACAGGUUGAGUGAUGCGUACCUUCAACUACUAGAGGGAAGUAAUUUAUGUACGUCUUGCUGCUGAUGGAUUGGGAUCAGGUUGAUCGAUACCGGGAGGGUGUCGAGUUACCAGUCCUUUGAGAUACGAUAUGUUGUGAAGCUCUAUCACUCGCUAGUGACGGAAAAGAUGGGCACCAACAUCAUUUGUAGAUAUAAAACUGAUUCUUUACUCGUGGAAUAUGCUGAAGAUCAGCUGGAUUUGUUGGACUAAAACGUGAUUGAUUCUACUCGAAUUCAUGUUCCAUUGCUCUUUGAAAGGUUGUGGCGAUAGUAUUGAAUUAGGGUAAUCGCUCUUCGUGAGAAGUGUUCUGGUUAUUUACACACGGAGCCCUGUCUAGUUAAGGUGUGGAGUUAAG